CGCGGGGAGGGGGCCCAAGGGCUUCUCCUCCCGCCGGGUUAUUUUUUCCGGCCGCUGCUCCAGCGGGGGAGGUGGGAAGAGCCAAAGGCGGCGGUACCCCCUUCCCGCCCCCCCCGGCCGCUGCAGCACAUGGGAAGCAAAAGUUUUCCUCCUCCUCCCGCCGCUCCUCCUGCCUCUCCUGCUCCUGCUCUCUCCCCUCCGCCGGCUGCCCUCACCCCGCAGCCCCCCCGGGCCGCCCCCCGGUCCCCGCAUCCCGAGGAUGCUCCCGCGGCCGCUCCGCUCGGACCCCGGCCGGGAGCUGCGCUGCUCCGCGAUGGACAGCCGGGAAUAGAGCGCGGCUGGAGCCUCUCCCGCCGCUCUGAGCGCCGGAAAGGAGGGAAGGCGAGACUCGGAUCGCAUCUUCCAGAGGGAUCUGCGAAUUUGCGGAGGAAAGGGGCUGUUGGGCAGAUUUAAUCAGAUGGUUUAGCGGCGCCGGCGAGGCAGCGCCGCAUCGCUGUGCUCCGGCCCCACCAUGGGCACCGGCAUGUGCUCCAGGAGGCAGAAGGGGCUCCUGCAGACCGCCUUCUGCCUGGUCACCGUGGCGUGCCUGGGCUCCGGAGUUUUCCUCUACAACCACUUGCAGCAGAAGGUGCGGAACGCAGAAGCCCUGGCCCAGAAAUACAAACAGCAGCAGGAAGCGCUGUCAGCGCAGCUCCAAGUGGUGUACGAGCACAGGUCAAGGCUGGAACGGUCCCUGCAGAAGGAGCGAGGGGAGCACAAGAAGACAAAGGAAGAUUUUUUAGUGUACAAGUUAGAAGCUCAGGAAGCUCUCAACAAGGAGAAGCAAGACUCCAUGAACAGAUAUGGGGCCCUCAGCUCCCAGCACAAGAUCCUGAAGAACCAGCACGACGAUGUCAAGAAGCAGCUGCUUGACCUGCAGGUGCAGCACAACAGCCUGAAGCUGGAGCACCGCAAGACACUGGAGAGCCACAGCCAGAAAUACGCCCAGCUGCAGCAGGAGAAGGACAGCGAGGUCACCAGCCUGCAGGAUACAGUGUUUAAACUCAGGGAGGAGAGCAAGCUCCUUCGGAAGGCCCACCAGGAGGUUCACUCCCAGCUCCUUAAUGCCCAGGCCCAGAUGGAAGAGUUCAGGCAGCUCAAGGAAGCUCUACAGAAGAUGCCAGGCUUCAGAGGAGGAGGAGGAGGAGCUGGGAAGGGGCAGCAGCCCGUGGUGCCAGCCCACAGCCAGCUGCAGCUGGGGAGGCAGAAGGGUUACCCAGUCAAUCCAGAGAACGGGAUCCCUCUGGCAUCGCCGGUCUCCGGGUUCCAGAGGCCGGCGGAAGUCCCGGGGCUGCAGGGACAGAACUCCUACAGCAAGGACGGCCCGAGGCCACAGCCAAACAUGCCCUUAACCCACCCCACCCCAUCCCAGGAUGCCAACUCCCUGCCAGAGGCUGUGCCAGCCUGGCCAGCGCGCCGUGGGGAUGGGCACGUGGUGAGGUUCACCCGGACCAUGAACAGCCUCCCGAAUGGGAACCCCGACGUGAAGAUGGUGAUGCGCAUCCAGGUGAGGAGCCACGAGGAAAGCCAGGCUCCUGGGCUGGCCCUGCCUGGUCCCAGACAACCCUCUGCAGCAGGAAAACCUCCAGUUCCAGAAAACCACCUCUCCACAGGGAACAGACAGGGGCAAAUGCAAAGCUGGAAAGACAUAGUGAACAAGGUGAAUGCCCAGAUGGACGAAGAACAAGCACAUGGUUACCCAAAGAACCUCCAGUUUGAGCCCCAGCCUGGGCAGGAGGUGCAGAGGGGCAGCUCCCAGGCCCCCAGCCAGAGGAGAGGGGAAGAGCAUCCCAGAGCUGAGCAGGGAGGAGAGAAGGAGAGGACGGAUGAGGAAGAGCUGGAAAUGGAUGCAGGAGUGAUUGAGAGGGAGGAGAACUUGCACCCUCAGAAAGAGACUGUUGUCCAGGAGCCAAUGAUGCCAGAUGAUGCUGCAGAUCCUGCCCAGGAUCCCAAUAACCAAGGCGAGGAUGAGUUUGAGGAAGCUGAGCUGGAGAGACCCGACUUUGAAGAGAAGGCGGGAGGUUUGGAGAAGUUCAAGGAGCCCAGCGUGAAAGAAGAGUCAAAGGAGAAGCCACUGAAGGAUGCUGGCAGACCUGCCAAGCCCAGGGAAGACCCAAUGGAUGACUAUCAAGAAGAUCAGGAGCAAGAAAUUGAGGAUCAUGGAGGUGAGGUGGAUGACAACGAUGACCUGGAGCUUGUCCAAGAGCGGAAGGACCGUGCGGGCCUGCAGGGAGCUGGUGGCAAGAAGGACGACUACUACUGAGAGAUGCUGAAGGAAAACGGGAUACUCUUGGAAUGAGGGGACGGGAACUCCUCCUGGGAACUGGCUCCUGUAUUAAACACUGCCCAGAACAAAGGCAGGAGGAGGUAACUCUUGCAGGCCCUGAGCAGGGGCCUUGCAGACGUGCAUUACAUCUCUGUGUGGGGGCCAUUGGCUCUCGGGUCGAUGGCAUGGAAGUGCUCCCAGACUGUAGGAAUGAUUUUUAUCCUGCUGCUUUUCUUAGAAGCACUUUUUGAUUUACUGUGUUCUUCACCUUCUUGUUUUCCAUAUCUCCUCCACAGCUGGAGAGGGGUUUUUUUGUUGGUUUUUGGGGGUAUUUUACCCCCCUGGGCAGCAGAGGGGUGCCUGAACCUGGACUUACUCGACUGAUUGCUAAUACAAAGGAAUCUCUCUUCAUAAAACAUUUUGCUCAGUGGUGUUUCUUUAACACAGCCUUUUUGCUCCCCUCAGAGUAAGGUGGGAAGGGAGUCAGAGGAAAUUAUCCUGCUCUUUGUGUGGAGCAGUGCAGGGAUGAUAACCAACCCUGAGCUCCCACAGAGGGGACUGUGUGCCAGCAGGAUGUGUGUGUGUGUGAACGACUGGAUCCUCUUCCUGGGGCAGAGACCUCCCAGUGACUCAGAGGAGAACCCUGUGGAGUUCUCCUUUCCUUGGCUUUGAGCCAUGACUGUCCUGCUGGGCUUGGAGCCUCCCCAUCUGAUGCUGAGCAUCUUGGCCUGGCAGAGCUGCUGCUCCCUGGGUUCCUGGAGAUGUGGGCUGGCCUGCACCAAGACAGGUUCUUCUGUGAUGGUGCCAGGGACUGCCACGCAAAGAAAUGGGAAAGAAGGAAUGUUUGCACCCCAACUAAUGCAAUUCCAUCCUGUUCAGCUCAUUUCCAGUCUCCCAACAGGGAGCUAAGAUCAAUUUUGCGUCUUCUAGACAGGUUUUAAUCAGCAAGUCGGGUAUUUGUAGUGUUCUGUUGAUGCAGUAGAUUGAAACCUGUGGUGCUUUACUUGAUCUCCAAAAGACAUCUUCCCUGACCUCAGGUAGAAAGAAGGAAUGAGUCAGCUGGAGUCCCCAGGAUUUAAGGAGGCAGCUGAAAGGAGGGUGGGCUUAAUCAUGAUAACUCAAAGCCCAGGACCUGUUUUAGUCAUCCUACCAGGGCAGAGCUGUCACAUUCCCUGCCUUGUGUAAGAACCAUGUGUCUGAGCUGUCUCCUGCUUCCUCAUCCCCACUCAGAAGUCCUGGACCCUGGAACAUCACUCACCAAGUGAAUGGUUUGAAUGUGGUCACCUGGUAAAAGAUCAGAGGAGAGAUCUUUGUUCUCUAUUUGGAUUAGUUAAGCUUUUUUUAAUCCCUUGUUUGAGGCAUAUUUGGUAAGCACUUUUAGACACUUGGGAAAACAAUAUUUAUUUCCCAAUAAGCUCAAUCUUUUUCAUUCUGACAGUAUUGAUUUUUUUUUCUUCCACUGGUUGUAAUGGAGCUUGAAAUUUACACUUCA